AUGGCGCGUCACCGUCUCCUCCUCUUCCAGCCCCAGGCUCAAUCGUCUGCACGGGCCACUCCGACCAUGUCCUCGGCGUCAAACUCGCGCACGCCACCUUCCCACACAGCCCUGGCGACUGCGACUUCUGCGACACCCGCGGGGCCAAAUGUACCCACAGGCGCUUCUGCCUCACCGCCGUGA